UGUGGUUCGUGUAACGCAUGGAUUAUUGUUGUAAAUUGUGAAUUUGUGAGAGAAAGUUCAGGAAAACACCAUGGGGAAGAAGACUAAGAUUGGAAAGGCGCGAAAGGACAAGUUUUAUCAGUUAGCCAAAGAAACAGGUUAUCGUUCUCGGGCUGCCUUCAAACUGAUCCAACUGAACAGAAAGUUUGAGUUUCUGCAAAAGUCUCGUGUUGUUGUUGAUCUGUGUGCAGCCCCAGGAGGAUGGGCUCAAGUUGCCGCGGAAAACACACCUGUCUCGAGUGUUAUUGUAGCGAUUGAUUUGGUGCCCAUCAGACCAAUCCACAAUGUCACCUGUCUACAAGAGGACAUCACCACAGACAAAUGUAGACAGUCCCUGAAGAAAGAACUUCAAACCUGGAAAGCAGAUUGUUUUCUGAAUGAUGGAGCUCCAAAUGUCGGCAAGAACUGGCUUCAUGACGCCUUUCAGCAAACUGUGCUUACGCUACACGCCAUGAAACUAGCCACAGAAUUUCUGCGGAAGGGAGGUUGGUUUGUUACCAAGGUGUUCCGAUCCAAAGACUACAACGCUUUGUUGUGGGCUUUCCAGCAGCUUUUCAAGCACGUCCAUGCCACAAAGCCGCAAGCCUCCAGAAAUGAGUCUGCCGAGAUCUUUGUUGUUUGUCAGGGAUUCCUCGCCCCGGACAAAAUUGACCCCAAAUUUUUGGACCCCAAACAUGUUUUCAAAGAUGUGGAACCUGACACGAAAGCUGUGCCACUUAACAUGGUUCAUCCGGAGAAACGAAGGAAACAGACAGAGGGCUACCCUGAAGGGGACUACACGCUGUAUCACCCGGUCAGUGUCUCAGACUUCAUCCACAGUGACCAGUUUACAGAGCUUCUCUCAACCACAAAUGCGAUCACGCUGGACGAUGUCCGUGUGCUGAACCACAAACUGACAACAGAUGAGAUCAAGGAGUGCUGUAAAGACAUCAAAGUGCUUGGCAAAAAGGAACUCAAGUCUUUAUUGUCUUGGCGGAAAAAGAUGAAGCAGUAUUUAGAUGAGUUGGAGGGGAAGGUACCAGAGGACAAGAAAGAGAAGGCUGAGGAUGAGGCUGAGGAGGAAGAUGAGGAGGCAGAGAUUGAGAAACAACUGGCUGAGGCCAAGGACAGUGAGAGAAGGGCGCUCAAGAGGAAAUUGAAGAAAAUACGAGUGGAGAAAAACAAACUUCGUCACAAAAUGGAUAUGAAGAUGGUGAUCCCGGGAGAUGUCCAUGACUUCACGGACGAUGUGGGACUGUUUCACCUGGAUAAUCUGAAAAACAAAAAGCAAUUGGAGAAAAUGGAGGUUGAGGAGUUUAGUCUGGAUGAGGAAGAGGAGGGGUCAGAAGAGGAAGGGUUGUCACGGAGACCAUUCACGACCUUUGACCGUGACAACAAGGAUUACCUUGAACCUGACAGCUCUGAGGAGGAGGAGGGAGAUCUGGAGGGGGCGGACCUAGACAGUGACAGUGAUGAAGCUGACGACAUGGAGGAGAGUAAUCCACUAGUUGUCUCCCUUGAGGACAAACAAGUUCAAAGGUCACGAGAACUGGAUAGCUGGUUUGGCAAGGAUGUAUUUGCUGGAUUGGAAAACAAAGAUGAUGAAGCUGCAGAAAUUGAGAAGAUGACAGCUGAGUACAAAAAGAAAGGUGGAAUUGUGAUAGAGUCAAAAAAAUCAACGAAGGCAGAAAAAGAUAAAAAUACACGGGACAUAGUUUUAAAGAAAAAGCCACAUAAAGAAGACUCUGAUUCUGACUCUGGAAAUGAGUCAGAUUCCUCUGCUGAGUCAGACUCUGAUGCCAUGAGUGACUCAGUAUCUGAGUCUGACUCAGAUUCAGACUCAGAAGGAAGUCUGCCUGACUCUACCGCACAUACUGGCCCUGCCAUGAAAAAGAGGAAACUGAACAAUGCAAAUAAGGAUGGUUUUGAGGUGGUGUCCGAGAAUAUGGAAGGUAUAAAGCCUCACCUAGAUGCUGUUGGCUUGGCGAUAGGCGCUGCCAUGGCAACAUCUCAGAAACGGAAGCGUGAUAUCAUAGACCAGGCAUACAAUCGGUACUCCUUUGAAGAUGCAAAUUUACCUGACUGGUUUGCAGCAGACGAAAGAAAACAUCACAGGCGGCCACAUCCUGUAACGAAGGAGGAAGUUUUGCAGUACAAACAGAGGGAGAGAGAAAUAAAUGCCAGACCAAUUAAGAAAAUAGCUGAGGCUAAAGCGAGAAAGAAGAGGAAAAUGGUGAAAAAGCUUGAAAGAGCCAGAAAAAAAUCUGAAGCAAUUUGUGAUUCCAUGGAAGUGUCUGAAAGAGAGAAGUGGUCACAGAUAAAACAUAUUUACAAAAAGGCUGGACUAUUGAAAAACAAAAAGAAGGAACUGACUUAUGUGGUGGCAAAGAAGGGCAUGGGCAAGAGGGUUCGACGACCAGCAGGGGUUCAAGGGCAGUUCAAGGUUGUGGACCCAAGAAUGAAGAAAGACACACGGAAAGUGAACGCCAGAGAAAGGAAGUCUGGAAAGGGCAAAAAGGGAAAGGCUGGAAAGAAAAGAUAAAAGUUUAAUAAAAUAUUCAGUGAAAUUUCGCGUGGAUUCUGGUUGGCAUGUGCCAGCCUUCAGUAAAACAUGGUGGUUCUAUUAGACAGGUGACAGGCUAAGACAGUGCCUAUUAAACAGCAAGUUCCGACACAUACAUGUAUGUUUUACUUUGGCCCGUGUACUUCAUAUUGUGUUCUAAAUCGUCCUUCACCAUAACUGUGGUGAGGGGAAAAGGAAAUGCUGUCCGUGUGUCUGUCCUACUAUGUGUGACACCUGAUCUUGUGAAUAAGAUGUCAUAAGUAGUUUUCAAUCAGUCAAGUUCAUAGUUACACAGUGGCUUAAGGUGAGCGAAGGGAUGAUAGGUAUUGAUUCUCUUCACCCUGCAUAAGACUGUUAUAUCUGUCCUUGCAAACAAUAGUUUUAAGACUUUUCAACCAAACACAUUCGUACGUACAUAAUGGUGAGGGAUCAGUACAACGUAUGGUUAGGAUUGAUUGUCAUACCUCUGUGUAAAGCGGUAUUUCUGCAUGUCGAAGCGUGCUAGGGUAGCGUAAUGACCCAGGAGCCUCUCACCAAUGCGGUC